CCUUGUUUUGCUCUAUGUGUUUUCACUUUUCACACUUCUUCUCUCUUUUAAAAUCUUAGUGUGAGCUUAAAACUUCACUAUGAGAAGGAUCGCUUUUCUGUCGGUGCUCUUUUGCGCCACCUGCCACAUCGCCCUAGGCCUAUCCAUCCCUGACGGAUUACUACCCAAUGGAGACUUCGAGUAUGGACCAAAGAAGUCGGAAUUGAAUGGAACAGUAGUUUUAGGCCGCUACGCCGUACCAAAAUGGGAAAUUUCAGGCUUUGUGGAGUACAUAAAAUCAGGGCAGAAGCAAGGGGACAUGUUGCUAGUGGUACCAGCAGGAGCCUAUGCAGUUAGGCUUGGAAAUGAGGCAUCAAUCAAGCAAAGAAUCAAAGUGAUUAAGGGAAUGUACUAUUCCCUUACAUUUAGUGCAGCUCGCACUUGUGCUCAAGAGGAGAAGCUGAAUGUGUCGGUGGCACCAGACUCUGGUGUAUUGCCUAUGCAAACAUUGUAUAGCAGUAAUGGAUGGGACUCAUAUGCCUGGGCUUUCCAAGCAGAUUAUGAUGUUGCUGAUAUUGUAAUUCAUAAUCCUGGUGUGGAGGAAGACCCAGCUUGUGGACCACUUAUUGACUCUGUUGCAAUUAGAGCUUUGUACCCUCCUAGACCCACCAACACAAACCUAUUGAAGAAUUAUGGUUUCGAAGAAGGACCAUAUGUGUUCCCCAACACAUCUUGGGGUGUUCUUAUCCCACCAAACAUUGAGGAUGAUCACUCCCCACUACCUGGUUGGAUGGUUGAAUCCCUCAAAGCCGUCAAGUACAUAGACUCGAACCAUUUCUCAGUACCCGAAGGAAAACGAGCUGUGGAACUUGUAGCUGGAAAAGAAAGUGCCAUUGCACAAAUAGUCAGAACCGUUCCUGGAAAAACCUACACUCUCACUUUUGCUGUGGGAGAUGCUAGCAACUCUUGUGAAGGGUCCAUGAUUGUUGAGGCAUUUGCUGGUAGAGACACAGUCAAAGUGCCUUAUGAAUCAAAGGGAAAAGGUGGGUUUAAACGUGCUGUGCUGAAGUUUGUGGCUGUUUCUACUCGAACACGUAUAAUGUUCUUCAGCACAUUUUACACCAUGAGGAGUGAUGACUUUUCUUCACUAUGUGGACCUGUUCUUGAUGAUGUGAAGCUGGUGAGCGUUCGUCACCCACGGCGUAUGUACUAAGGAGGCUAGUGUUAAAACACAUAUUUAGUGGCUUGGAUAUGUUGGAUCUCUAGUCAUACUAUAUGAGUGAGUAAUUUUGUUUCUAAGGAAGCAGUGGGUUUUAGUGUGAGUUUAGAGCAUAAUUGGAAAAGUAAUAUAUACUAAUUACUGUUACAAUACCAUGUGGUAGUGUGAGUGUGCUUAUGUGAUAUGUACUUUAGCCAAAUAAAUGAGAAAAAUGAAUGUUAUUCAAGUA